CGUCGAAUUAUUUAUCUACUUUUACAGAUGUUUUGUAUCAUUCUUCAUAACAAUUUACAAAUCUGGAUGAUGGAAUGCUCCUCGUUUGAUUGCUGCAUUGUGUCAUUUUAGGGUGAUUUAAAAUUAUAUAUUAUAUUGUAAGACCAUUGAGUGAGAUUAAUAACAUUGUGUGCGAGUACAUUUUUUAGUAAUAUGCACUUACAGUGUCACGUGUCAUUUCAUUUGUUGAUUUGAUUUGAUAAUAUAAGAAACCUUUGCAGGUGUCGCUUUUUGGUCUGUACACCUAUCAUUAAAGCCAAACAGUCCUUCUCAUUUUGAUAGUGAACAUAACACGCCAUAUAAAAAAAGCUAUCAUACCAGAAUGAAAUCUAAACAAAUUUGAACAUGGCUUCAAGGUAAUUCUUUAAACAUUUACAUUUCAAUCAUUUAAUUAUUGAUUGUUUGGCAUUGGUUGGUUGCCACGAGGCUCUUUCAGUAGUUAUGAAAGGGAUAGGGUAGAUGAAAUGAUGAGAUUCUUGUAACUUCUGGAUGACCCCUUCUUGACAAAGACAGUCCCCCAUCAAUUGUCCCCAGGCUUUAGUACCCUCUUUUUGAGCCAGGGAGACGUUUUGUAUCUUUUGUUUGUUUAUCUGUCAGACUCACUGGCUUUAGUUUGAUUUAGUAUUGUAGAAGUUGAAGCAUGUUAACCAUAGUCUUGCACAAAACCAUCUAAAUGUCCGUAUAUACACAGACGUUGUAUUUAUUCCAUUCAGAUUAUUUCCCAUUGUCUGUUAGAUGAUCAUGAUUGAUAUUUAGAUAUUGACAUUAACUAUUUAAAAUGUUACAUAUAACAUCUCAUUUUUUCAACAUAGGGCUUACAUUGUCAAUCCUUCAUUGAAAUUGGUUAAAUAUUUGGUUUUAUUCAACAUAAUUUAGAUGUUUUUGAAGUUAGUGGAAAGCGCUGCUAUUGGUGUGUAUAUGUAGGCCCUACCCGUUAAUGAAAUAGCUUUACCUCCAUUGGCCCUAUCUGGUCACAUGGUUCUCUAACUUUAUUCAGUUGACAGCAAAUAGGAGGGCUUUAUGGUGGUGGAAAAAAGACAACUCGAGAAAAAUUUGUAUUUUCUACCUUCAUAAAUUAAUGGCCAUGAGUUCGUAUAUGCUGAACUCUAAGUAUGUGGACCCACAAUUUCCCCCUUGUGAGGAAUAUUCGCAAAAUAGCUAUUUACAUGAGCAGGGGAGAGACUACUACGGUCCAUCGCAGGACCCAGAUUUGCAGCAUCCAAGAAUCUAUCCACGGUCAAAGUACCCCGAGCAGCCCUUCAGUUGUACCACUGUGCAUGGUCCCACAGUGCAGCCACGGGGUCAUGUGCAGGGGCGAGACAGCCACCCUAGCACUUUUACCGCACGGACCGAACCGUGUACCCCGGUCCAAGUGACUGGACCCCGGACUUGUGGACAGCAACAAAACACAAAGACUCAAAACGGGAUACAAGCCAAGCAGUCUGCAGUAGUUUACCCCUGGAUGAAGAAAGUCCACGUAACUACGGUAAACCCGGAUUACACAGGACCUGAACCCAAACGGGCUCGGACAGCUUAUACAAGACAGCAGGUUUUGGAACUGGAAAAAGAAUUUCAUUUUAACAGGUAUCUGACCAGGCGCCGUCGCAUAGAGAUUGCCCAUACACUCGUUCUCUCCGAGCGUCAGAUCAAAAUCUGGUUUCAAAACAGAAGAAUGAAAUGGAAAAAAGACCACAAACUACCGAACACAAAGGGAAGAGCUGCAUCUGCUUCCGGCCAACAUUUACCAAGUAUCCAGAAGGAUAACCAGACUGAUGUCACAAUUUUCUAAGAUGGGAAAACUUUGACCGUUCAAUGAACUGUAAUAUAACAUACUAUAUUAUCCAAUUGACUUUGCAUGGUCUCAAAACAUGACAUUUUGGUCAUUGUGAUUUAACGUACAAUAGUUAUAAAAUGGCAGUUACGGUCAGAAGGACCCUCGAUGUGUUGGCUCAUUGAAUUGAGUCCAUUUCCAACAUUGUAACUGAACUGAGACGCGUUUCAUCACUACAUGCUUAACAUGCUUGGAAGAGCUAUUGCAGAUCGGACUCAAUUUGAGAUGUUUUCUGACUUAUACUCUUCUCACGUGCACCACAAAAGUCAGAGUAAGGCAUGAACAUUUAUAUAUUUAUUAAAACAUUAAAUACGUAAAAUGAUGUGAAGCUUUUGUACACACUUUAAUUAGAAAUUGUCUUGUGAAGAAAUCGAACUAUUAAAACAAAUAAUAUUUGAUUCAUAUGAUUGCUAAAAACUAUUUUAAAAAAGGUAAUUGCUGCAAGAGUUGAUCUAUACAUUCUUUUCAGACAAGUGACAAUAUUUGUUACUUUAAUAUAGGCUAGCUUAAAGAAACGAUUGAACUCGUAUUUAUGGGCGCUAACUGGUUGGAUUUUUUUGUUAACGUUUUUUGAACUUUUAUACAAUAAAGCUUUUAAAAUGGCGUUAAAUUCUAUUGUGAAACAGGACAUUCCAGUGUGCAGCCUCUUCCCAGGGCCCUUAUUCGGUUAUAAAUCUUCUCUGGACAUCUUUGUAAACAGUGUACAUUUAAAGCGGGUCUCACACAUGGCAUCUGAAACUCUAUCAUGACUUUGUCUUGUUCUUUGCAUCGAAUGUAUAUUUUAUUUAGAUGCUUCACUAUUUUCUAUUUUGAUCAAAAUCGAACAGAACAUUAUUAAUAGUAUAUAUUCAAUGUUAAGCACGUUGAGGGAUAUAAAUACGUGUAAUAACCUAUGUUUUCCAUAUUCUUAUUCAACAACAAUUUGUAAUAUAGAGUGUUUAAAUUUCAUUAUGAUUAUUUAUUUAAUUAAAUAUUUGUACAUUUUCUAAAAACCCACAACAGUUCUAAACAUAUUUUGAGCAACGAACGUUUUAUUGUAUGAAAUCUGUUUAAAACUGUUGUGGAUUAUUAGCAAUGAUGUCACAUGUUCUUAUGCAGUGUUGAAAUGCAGUAUAAAAAAUGUAACUCUGGCAUUGAUUUAAACCAGACCUAACCACACAGGCGUUCAUGUCAUGUCUCGAGACAGAUAUUCUUAUUAUUCCUAUCAUUGUCCUCGUGACAAAAAAGCGAAGACGGCUUGCAUUGCGAAGAUGUCUUCCCUCUGAAGAUGUCUUCCCUCUGAAGUUGUCUUCCCUCUGAAGAUGUCUUCCCUCUGAAGUUGUCUUCCCUCUGAAGUUGUCUUCCCUCUGAAGAUGUCUUCCCUCUGAAGAUGUCUUCCCUCUGAAGAUGUCUUCCCUCUGAAGAUGUCUUCCCUCUGAAGAUGUCUUCCCUCUGAAGAUGUCUUCACGAUGACAAGUUGAAAAGGUAUUUCGACUGAAGUUCGACAAACGCUCCAGUGGCAGGUUCAACCAGAGGACAGUGUUUCUAUAGCCUAUAGACACAUUUCAGCCGCGAGGAGUGACCUCUGAACCCUUAACCCGUUGGACCUAUAGUCUUCUUCUCUCGCUGGCGCUUUUCGCAUGGAGUUUUUCAUUAGAUACAUUUUGUACUUUAGUGUUAGAAUAUGGAACGCUUAUAUAACCUGGUUAAACAUGCCACGUUUUAAAGCCUAUAUUUAUUCUGCCAGAUGUAACUGAAAUGGUACUGGUUGUAUGUCACGCCAUGUUAAUAUGCAAUCCUGCCUGACCUUUUUUGUGUAUCCGUUUUUUUUGUCUGUAUAUACAUGCAAAACUUUUUAAUGGGAAAAUAGAGAUUGUUCCAUGAUAUGCAUUGUGGUGGCACAGAGCACUCACAUUUGUCAAUAUAUUUCAUGUAUCAAGUAUUCAUGCUUUACAAAAUGUCUCUCAUUGCCAUCAAUGCUUGAUUUACACAAAGGUUGACACCUCACCCAUUGAGAUAUUUAUUUUGACCCUUAUUGUGCUUGUUUGAGAAAAAAAAAAAUAUGGCAUUGUUGGAUGACAAUGUGACUAAGUUCAGUUUUAUAGCAAGAAUCAUAAAAUGUCCCCUUAGCCACACCAAUGUGAGGCAGUGCCAUAGAUUUCGGGAAUUUGAAUGUGGUCCUAUCUAAACCAGUCAACGAACUGUUAGCAAAAUCGUAGGCUCAGUGUGAUUAUAUUUGUGACCAUGCUUGGAUUAAAACCUGUAUAACUUGAA